GGAAAUUCAGGUCGCAUCAGUUUACUUCCGAUUCGUGUCGUAUAGCUUCCUAUCGGGCGUUAUUUUACAGCAGAAAUUAGCCAUAAACAACCCCUAGAAAGCGCUCUGUUGUAAUCAAACACAUUCCGUUGUCCGCAGUUUAAAGGAUUUGUACGCGAUCGCGUGGAUUUCAAGAAACAAAAAAGUGUUUGAUUCCCCCUGACGUUUUUGUUUUCAUUGAAUAUUUUAAAUUUCGUAAACGUCUUGUCUUUGUGGAGGGUUUUCAUUGAUUCAUACGUGUAAUGGAGCCGAUUUGUGAGAAAAACGGCUUCCACAGUGCUCAGGCGACUAGCACACCUACCAGACCAGUGGCUCUUCCAAGCAAAAUGGCUUAUCGUAACUAUUCAUUCGAUAGAUCAGACUCAGUGGAUGCGAGAGGUUUCAAGAGAGAAACCUUUAAAAGGAUAUUUGUGAACAGGAGUUUGAGUAUGGAUAAAAUCAAGUUUUUUGGGUUUGAUAUGGAUUACACAUUAGCAGUAUACAAGUCUCCAGUAUAUGAGGCUAAGGCAUUUGAUCUUGUUUGUGAGAGGCUGGUAUCCAUUGGCUAUCCAAAGGACCUUUUGUCAUUCCAAUAUGACCCAAUUUUCCCAGUCAGGGGCCUAUUUUUUGACUGCGAACUUGGAAAUUUACUCAAGGUGGACACAUAUGGGAAUAUCCUUAGUUGUGUACAUGGCUUUGAUUUUCUUCCAAACCUGGAAGUUAGAGAGCUGUAUCCUAACAAAUUUGUCCAGGCCGAUAGCUCACGCUACUUCAUUUUAAAUACACUUUUCAACUUACCAGAAACCUAUCUGCUAGCAUGCUUAGUAGACUUCUUUGAUAACCACCCAGACUUUAAGAGGAUAAAAGGUGGGGUAGAGAGCAACGAUCAUGUCAUGCUUACAUACCAGAGCAUACACCAAGAUGUCAGAGCAGCUGUUGACUGGGUCCACAUCAAGGGAACCUUGAAACAACAUACAGUCGAGAAUCUAGACACAUAUGUUAUCAAAGACCCACAUCUGCCCAAGCUACUAGAUAGAUUACGUCAAUGCAGGCGGAAGACAUUCAUCUUGACUAACAGUGGCUACUCAUACACAGCUAAAAUCAUGUCAUACCUUUUAGACUCUGCAGAUAGAGAUGAGGCACACAAGCGUUCAUGGACGUCAUACUUUGACUUUGUUGUUGUAGAUGCUAGAAAACCACUCUUCUUUGGAGAAGGAACUGCUCUUAGGCAGGUUGAUGUGGAAACUGGUACAUUAAGCAUAGGUAGAUAUGCCGGUGCUCUGAAGAAAGGACAUAUUUACUCUGGAGGAUCGUCUGAAGUAUUCUGUAAGCUUAUAGGUGCACAAGGAAAGGAUGUGCUUUAUGUUGGGGACCAUAUAUUUGGAGAUAUAUUGAAGUCUAAGAAACAGCAGGGAUGGAGGACCUACCUUGUAAUACCAGAACUUACCCAGGAACUGGAAGUGUGGCAGUCGAGACAAGACGUCUUUUCCAAGUUGCGAGACUUAGACAUCGCCCUAGCGGAGACUUACAAGAAUUUGGAUUCGGCGACUACUGAGCAGCCCAACAACAUCAGUCAGAUCAAAAGAUCCAUUAAGGAUGCGACGCAGACGAUGGAGAUAUGCUACGGGCAGAUGGGAAGUCUGCUAAGAAGCGGUUCUCGGCAGACAUUCUUUGCUAGUCAGGCCAUGAGAUAUGCCGACUUGUAUGCAUCAUCCUGCGUGAAUCUUCUACAUUAUCCUUUUGGCUAUCUUUUCAGAGCUCCAGCCCAGCUGAUGCCUCACGAGUCCACUGUGGAGCACACAGGCGAGCUAUUCGAGCCGACACCAAGUAGCGCCAUGGCCCCACGAGGAUUCUCCUUCUCAGAGGAAUUGACGAGCCCUGUAAAGAGUGUGGCAUCGAGCUCAUCCAUCGCAAGUAGCGGCUCUUCCGUGUUCCGUAAUAACAGCAUCACUUCCAACCGCGUCAUGUACGCACACUCGGACGAGGAGCUCGAGGAGGAGCUUGAAGGAACCGAGCCUCAAAUUGAUUGACAACGUACUUAUAUGGGAGAAGAGACGAACCAAUCAAAGUAGCCAUGGAAACUGGAGCCCAUUUUAGUGUCCAAUGAAAGUCUUGUAAUAAUAUUUCGUCAGAUUCGGUAUUGAUGUUUUGGUGCGGGAUAAGGUUCUCUAUCAGUGGUUCGUUUUUAGAUCAGGCCCAUGGUUGAAAUCCAUUGUGUUUAUUUGUCAUUGUUCACAUUUUCACCAGAAUAAUACGCUAUUUAACGCUUUUUUCAGGUACCCGACGUUUCGGUUUUCAGGGUUUUAGAUUGUUGGCUAUUUGUUUAGAAAAAAAAAUGUUCGUUUUAUUCAUUGUAUUACAAAUGAUAAUCCCUCUUUAUAUCAUGCAGGUAAAACAAUAAUUAUGUCUAUCUUACCAAUGAAGAACAUUCAUUCUUUUAAAUUAAAGUAAUAUUUAUCUAUCAAUUUAUAUAAGUGUUAACCAGUUCAAAUAUGUUUUUCUUCUAUUGUUUUAUUUGUUUUAUUGCAUAUUGGGGUACUAGAGCAGUCUAAUACAGUAUUUUGAUAAACGCACAAAUUGUCUAUUAAAAUAUAUUUUGCAUAGAAAUACAGAAAUUCGUAUAUCGAAUAAUAUGAAUAUACCUAAUUUCUUAACUUAAUAUUAAUAAACUAAUACAAUUAUG